UAUAGGAUGCCAGAGUGAAGACGAACCCACUGGAAAAAAAAUGGCUAAUAUUUUUGAAGAGAUGAUAAAAAACGCCAUGGCUGAAAGACAGAAAUACGAUAGAAUUUCAGGGAAUAAUGAUAAAGAACAAAAUAAAGAACAAACUACUCCAAGAAAUUCGCCGAUGAGCAUUAAACUUUGUGCCGAAGACCAUGAAUGCAGAGAACAAAAAGUAUUAAAAUGGCUUAAAGAUUAUGUGCAUCGACACGAUGGAAGAUGUUCUAAGACCAGUGUUAUACCUGAAUUUAGUAAAGAAGAUGACAUUACGUUCGAAAAUGAAAAAGUAACAAGUUGCGUCCGGGAGAUCAAAGAUGAUAUACAACGACGUGACGGAGGUAAUUUUAAAGACUAUAAAAAAGUGUAAUAAUUGUAGAAUUAGGGAAGAGAGUUGUAUUUUUGUUCUCUUUUCCAAAAGCUGAUGUGACGUUUAAGAUAUUAACCAAUUUUUUUUUUCUGAAACUAAUCUGUCCCCUUUCAUUUCAAAAUACAUACACACUUACAGUUACAGUAAGUUCUUGUGAAAGAAUUCCAAAUCGAACUGGUUCCAUUUACAGGUUAUCUUUUCCGUAUCCCUCGUUAAGAAUUUUUAACCUCAGUUGCGGAAAAAAAAAGUUCCAUAAACCAUCACCCUAAUCCUUUACAUUGUCAUAUUCCUGUCCCUUAAGAAAGUUAUUUAAUAUGCUUGAAAGAGGUGAAAAUCUGUUGGAGCAAUAUUAAAUGCAUAUGGUGGAUGCCAUCCAAGAUCGUAUAGUACCUCUAAGUUCCCUGGAAUCUAGACAGAUGUACGGGUCUUGCAUGGCAGCGAUGAAAUACAGGUCUCAGAUUCACCAGCGAUGGGCACUUUUCUGGCACAGCAUUGCAAAGGCGGUCUGUGUGAGGGAAGUUAAAGAUACCAUUUAAAGUUUCGUUUGUUGUGAAAGCUCUCCAUAAAUUACUUCUAUGAAAUCCCACCAGAUACUUAGCGAAAGCUUUAGUGGAUGUAAUCCUUAUUUUGCGAUAGAUUCUGGCUAUUUGUAUGGCCUAUAAUCAAUCUAACAUCACUGAAUAUUCUUACUUUGCUUUGUUUCCGAGCUGCUUCUCACCUUUACGGAAGCGCUAAGACCAGAAUUAGCAUAUGGAGGAUCUGGCAUUAUAUGCUACAUUUACAACGUACUCUUUCUGCCUCACUAUAUUCCACAUCAUACUCAUAUUCUAUCGCUAGUUUUGAUGAAACAUUCCUGAUGCAUUCUGCUGAGAAAGAUUUAAAACAAAACAAACAGUCUCUUCAGUCGGUUUCUUUCCAGUAACGAAGAUUAUGUAUCCAAAUGUCAAAUUUAUCGCAAAUUCCAAGGCAUGAAACUCGCUGUCUAAUGUCUUCCAUGAUGCUUUAAAACAGGAUUAUACGCAAUUCAUAUAUCAUUGGAAUCCAGACUUUGCUUAUAGCAUUAUUUU